ACUUUUGUCCUUUUGCCGCGCAUAUUACCAGAGCUUCAUGCAGAAUCGCAGAUCUCACUCAUCGAGCGGCUCAGCUGGUCCCAGCUCCGCGCUUUUGUGCCGGACGCUACCGGCGCACGUUAUCUUGUCCCCUUCCCGCAACAACUCUCUCCUCCCGAUUCAAAAUUCCCACAACGAUCUCACCUAUUCUCCUUUCUCACUCCCAUGUAGGGUUUGAGAAUUGCAAGAAUUUCGCGAUCCGAUCUGGUGGUGAUCGAGAAUCUAGGGCAUCGUUUGCCCUAAAAUGGCAGAGAGAUUCAAGAAUACAGGGUAGUUUUUAAUGCCCUGCAUUUGAAGACGGACCGAAAGAAUUAGGGUUUUGUAAGGAAUGGAGUUCACGGAUGCUUACAAGCAAACGGGCCCUUGCUGUUUCUCCCCGAAUGCUCGUUUCCUCGCAAUCGCCGUCGAUUACCGCCUUGUGAUUCGGGACGUCGUCUCACUCAAGGUCAUACAAUUAUAUUCGUGUGUGGAUAAGAUAAGCUAUAUAGAAUGGGCUCUUGAUUCUGAGUAUAUUCUUUGCGGUCUUCAUAAGAGACCCAUGAUACAGGCCUGGUCGUUGACCCAGCCUGAAUGGACAUGCAAAAUAGAUGAAGGCCCUGCUGGUAUUGCUUAUGCAAGGUGGAGCCCUGACAGUCGUCACAUACUUACUACAUCAGAUUUUCAGUUGCGAUUAACAGUUUGGUCGCUGGUAAACACUGCUUGUGUACAUGUGCAAUGUCCAAAACAUGCCUCCAAAGGUGUUUCUUUUACGCAAGAUGGGAAGUUCGCUGCAGUUUGCACAAGGCGUGAUUGCAAGGACUAUAUAAAUCUGUUGUCCUGCCAUACAUGGGAAAUCAUGGGCAUCUUUGCUGUUGACACGAUUGAUUUAGCAGAUGUUGAAUGGUCGCCAGAUGAUAGUGCUAUUGUGAUCUGGGAUUCACCUCUUGAAUAUAAGGUUCUGAUUUAUUCUCCAGAUGGGAGAUGCCUAUUUAAAUAUCAAGCCUAUGAGAGUGGAUUGGGUGUGAAAACUGUUGCCUGGUCCCCAUGUGGCCAGUUUUUAGCAGUUGGUAGUUACGAUCAGAUGUUGCGGGCAUUGAACCAUCUUACAUGGAAAAUCUUUGCUGAAUUCACACACAUAUCUACAGUUCGCAGUCCUUGCAGUGCUGCUGUUUUCAAGGAGGUUGACGAGCCUUGGCAACUUGAUAUGUCAGAACUAUGUCUGAGCGAUGAAUUUCCUCAUAAUCUACAGGGAAACUGUCCUGAAAAUGCUCCAGAAGGACACUUUAGAGUGAGGUACAAAGUAAUGGACUUUCCAAUUAGCUUGCCUUACCAAAAGCCUCCUCCUGACAAACCCAACCCCAAACAAGGCAUCGGUUUGCUAUCAUGGAGCAACGAUAGUCAGUAUCUCUUCACCCGCAACGACAGCAUGCCCACUGUUCUUUGGGUAUGGGAUAUCCUCCAUCUUGAGCUCGCUGCCAUCUUGAUACAGAAAGAGCCGAUCCGUGCAGCAGCGUGGGAUCCAACAUGUGCCCGCCUUGUCUUGUGCACUGGAAGUUCACAUCUGUAUAUGUGGACCCCCUCAGGCGCCUGGUGUGUGAGUGUUCCGUUGCCGCAGUUUGUCAUCUCGGAUCUGAAAUGGAACUCAGAUGGUAGCUGCCUUCUUCUCAAGGACCGGGAGUCAUUCUGCUGUGCUGUAGUGCCGGUGCUGCCGGAUUCCAGUGAAUGCAGCUCAGACAGCUGAAAGUUUCGUUUUUGAUCCAGGUUGCUGGUAAAUACACGUAGUAACUGUGAUAUCUGGGAUCCAUAAUCGUUGGUCCGUUGGUUGUUUUCCAUGGCAGCUCAAUUCUAUGUUCCUGCAGUGUUUGUAAUACUGAUGAAGCUUUCAAAUUCUGGAAGAGUACUGCCUGGGCAAUUUGCGAUGUACUUAGCACAGUGUCUCUCCCACAGCAGGAGGGUUUGAAACAAAAAGUUGUGGGAUCCAUUGAUGUGUGUGGCAUCCACUCUGUCUAUCAUUUGCAACAACUCAUGUUGUUAGGAUGUGAGCUCAAAAAAUCAGGCUAGUCCAAAAUCAAGUGGGAGAUGGGAUGGGGAACAGUGAGGAUGGAGAUGUGCACCAUGAAACCUUCCUGGGCCCCACCAAUGUUUUGGGUCA